AUGGCGGAUCAAGGAAGCCACGUACAACAAGGAAUCAAAGUUUUGACUUUUUCAGAGAAGCCUUUGCAAGAUUUUUCGGUAUUGGAUCUUAAAGUUCCCUGUAUUUUCUGUGAGAGGGAAUUCCCAAACACCUCAGGGAAAAAUGACGCUGUGUUACAUCACAUGCUGAUAGAACACCAACUUGUUAUCGGAGACGUUGGUCAAGUUUGUGACAUGAGGAGGUAUCUUUGUUACUGGAAAACAAGAUUAAAAGAAAAACCCAUAACCGAGGUGUGUCCAGUCAUUAACAUCAAUUCCAAACCUGAUGAUGUUGGUCCUAAGAUCCAAUACUUCCUCUUAUGUGAUUCACUUCCUGAAGAUAGAAAUCUAAGGGAAGAUUUGCAACGUCAGAGGCUGGAAAAUGUUCUGGAGUGUCAGCAGCAAGAAAGAUCAGAUACACACUUUUCAAGAGGCUGUCUUUUCUGUAAACAACACUUUGAAGGCAACAGGUCAUUGCUAUUUACACAUAUGGCAUCAGAUCAUGGAUUUAAUGUAGGCCUUCCUGAUAACUUAGUGAAUGUAAAUGAAUUUCUAGAUGUUCUGGAACAGAAAUUAGCCAAUUUGCAGUGUUUAUUUUGUGAGAAGUUAUUCAAAGACAGAACAGCACUCAAAGAUCACAUGAGAAAGAAGCAACACAAGAAAAUCAACCCCAAGAAUAAAGAAUAUGAUAAAUUUUAUAUCAUAAAUUAUCUGGAAUUAGGAAAAACUUGGGAAGACAUUCAAAAUGAAAUUGAAGAGGAAGAAGAUGGAAAUUCUAACAAUGAUAAGAGUGUAGAUGAAGAUGACUGGAGUGACUGGAAGGGUGAUUUACCACCAUGUGUUUGCCUGUUCUGUGAAGCUUCUUGCCCUGCCACUAAUGACAUUCUACAACACAUGAAGGAAGAGCAUUCAUUCGAUUUUCCCGCUAUCAAGAGCUCCUUUGGGUUGGACUUUUAUCACCAAGUUAAAGUCGUUAAUUACCUAAGGAGACAGGUUUAUAAAAAUAACUGUGUGAAGUGUCAAGAGAACUUCCCAAGCAAGGCCACUGUUUUGGAACAUAUGACAAAAGCUCAACACUUCGCUCUACCUGAAGACCGUACGGUGUGGGAUCAACCUCAGUAUUUUUUUCCAACUUACGAAAAUGACGCAUUGUUGUGCGGUUUGGAAGAUGACGAAGAAGACGAGACAGAGGACAGAGAUGAUUCUACACAAAAUACUAAUGAACAAGAAGCAAAGUAAAUCAAAUUAAUAGAGGGUACCUCACAUUGGUUGAUGGAGACGACUCGGUAUUACAGCAUUAACGAGGACCUAGGCGAAUGGUGGCCUUCAAAAUUACCGCAAUUCGUCUUCAGGAUGCGUUUCUGGAUUGCGUUUACGAAUGAGGUUCCUAGUCAAUCUAUACCAGAAGGGAAUCCCUGAGUAAGGAUUUUACGCGUUACCCACUGUAGCAGGCACAAGCAUGUGGUGUGUUUGUCAAAUUCUGUCGCAGUUUGCUCUGCACGUUUCAACACCUCUUGCUUUGGACUGAGCUUGCCUGAUUUCAGCUCGUAUUCGAAAUUUAUUCAGUCUCACAAUAACCGAAUUGCCCUAUAGCUAUGUUGGUGAACGUUUUGUUGGAAGUUUGGAGAAAGAAAAGUUUUCUCUUCCCUUAAUGCAAGCUGAGGAGCAAACAGCCUUGUUCGAGGAGGACAAAUAAGAACCUUCAGAUAGCAGAAGAACCGAUUACGUGUAGGUAACUUCAAUUCGUGAUUCUUCAUCUUUCCGUCCCCGAGAACGCGCUCAAAGCCAACAAAGCUUCCACAAACCGAGGAAGUGACGAACUAUUUUUUUUGGGGGGGAGGGGUUCACUGCUGCUCUGAUAUUGUGUAAUUUCGUGUGGUGAAAUUACUCUUCACCCUUUGAUCCCUAGGAAUUAUUAGCAUAACAUUUCUCCUUACAAUUUCACCCCUGAAUCAAACAUUAAAGUCUCGAGAAUAAAGGAAAUGAUUAACAAAAGAUGUUCCUGGAACCUGAGGAGAUGUAUGAUGAACAGUAUGGAGAAUAUGCAUACUGAUGUUUGAGUGGAAAAGGUUAAGAUUAACAUCAAACUGAGAUAUAUAUAU